ACGUUGCAUUAUGGGAUGGUAAUGGUGGGCGCGUGAUUUUGAACAAACACAGAAUGCCUAUCGAAAAAACAGGCAUUGAAAAUGGUAACAAUAUUGAGGUAAUGCUCCAAGAUUGUAACACAGUGACAGUAUCAUCUGAAGCUGAUUUAGAAGAAAAUUCUAAUAGCAACUCAAACUUUGGUGAUAUCCCAGUGGAAUGUAAUAGUGUAAAAUCACAUGUUUUAGAUAAAGUUGACAACCUGGAUUCAGACAUUGUCAGUCAUGAUCAGGAUGUGGCAGCAUUGCUUGGUAACUCUGUACAGUCCAGCGACAAUGCCCUUCCUACAAUAACCUUGGCAUCUGAGGACUUCAGCAGCGAAGUUGUGACAAGUGUGACACAUACUGUCUCUAAUUCUAAUGAAGUGACUACCACCCAAUCUCUGAAAAGACAGCUCUCUUCAACUACCCCUCCAGUUGUACAUAAAGUCAUAAUAACUAAGAAUCCUAAUAGUGAUCAACCUCAGGUCAUGCCCGUUCAAGUGAAUCAGCUCGGACAGAUCCAGCUGCAACAUGGACAGAGUUACAGUGUGGCCUCCUCGGGGGGCAUAAGUCUUCUAUCUCAGGGAGCACAAACACCAACAAAAACAAUCACCAUUUCUCCACAAGGUGUUCUGUCUCCUGGAAAACAAUAUGUUACUAUACCUACAACACCUACAAAACUGUUAGGUGUGCCAGGAAAUAAAAUACCCAUCUCUCCAGCAUCAAAAACUCCAACUAAAAUAACCAUGAUCCCAGUGACUAUUGGAAAAUCUCCCCAAAGACUAGUACCAGCAUCUUCUGUGUUGAAUAAACAAUUGAAUAUUUCUUCGGGGGCUGGAGGCUCUCGUCCAACACUAAUUACUAUGUCACCAUCAAAGGUUAUGAAAGAGGGCACAGUGGUACAGCAACGACCAAUUCAAAUUCAACCUUCACAAGCAAAACAGAUAAUAACAGUGCCAACAGGCAGUGGAGUUAAACAAGUCCAGAUUCCAAUUUCCAUGCAGGGCAGUCGAUUUCAGUAUGUUAGGCUGGUAUCUCCUAGUUCACCAGCAGCCAUGUCAGCAGGCAUGUCUAAAGGCACUACGUUGACAUCUUUAGUUCAGUCAGCAAAGUCCAUAGCUCCAGCCUUGAGUACAGCAACCGUUGUCUCUCAAGCCAAUCUCCAACAACUGAAGAUUACACUGCCAGCCCAAGGAACAUCACAAAUUGUUACUUCGAAAGCCCAGACUACACAGAAUGUUCAGCGAAUUUUAUUGCCAGCUGCUCCUACUCAGCAAGUAGCAAUCCGUGUUACAACGCCCAAUAUUGCUACUUCAACAGCAGUACCACACAUACGACCAGCAGGUUCCAGUGUGGCCAAUAUUUCUGGCCUACCACCAGGCACCGCACUGCUCUCAGCAGCAUCAGGGCUUCAGGGAUUUGCUUUGGUCCCAGCCUCAUAUAUGACACAGUUACAGCAGCAGCAGAUGCAGCCAAAGAGCAUCACAGUGCAGCAACCCUCCCUGCCUUCAGCAACACCAGCAGCAGAACCCCAGGCUGUCCUACAGCAACAGAGACAGGAGUUUGUGCCUAUUGCUAGCAGUGACCCUUCACUUAGUGCUAAUGCCAAACAAAGUGUUAAUGGGUCUGCAAUAGAAGCCACGGGUGCCAGACCUAGGAAGCCAUGUAACUGCACCAAAUCCCAGUGCUUGAAGCUUUACUGUGACUGUUUUGCAAAUGGAGAAUUUUGUCACAACUGCAAUUGUAACAACUGUGCCAACAAUCUGGACCAUGAAGAAGAGCGUUCCCGAGCCAUUAAAUCAUGUCUGGACAGAAAUCCACUGGCAUUCCAUCCAAAGAUUGGUAAAGGGCGAGAUGGAGAAAGAGACCGCAGACAUAACAAAGGAUGUAACUGUAAACGAUCAGGAUGCCUCAAGAACUACUGUGAAUGCUAUGAGGCAAAAAUUAUGUGCUCUAGUUCCUGUAAGUGCAUUGGGUGUAAAAACUUUGAGGAGAGUCCAGAGAGAAAAACAUUGAUGCAUUUAGCAGAUGCAGCAGAGGUCAGAGUUCAACAACAAACAGCAGCAAAAUCCAAACUCUCCUCCCAGAUAUCGGGAAUUCCAUCAAGGCGGCCUCAGUCUACAGCAACAGGAGAAAGGUUGCCGUACACGUUUUUAACGGCUGAUGUUGCUGAGGCCACGUGUGCCUGUCUCCUGGCGCAGGCUGAGGAAGCCGAGAGAUUAAAGAUGCCCCCCAUUGUACAGGAGAGGAUGGUGAUCGAGGAAUUCGGACGCUGCCUUCUGCAAAUCAUAGAAUCAGCAAACAAAACAAAAGGAAUAAUUGAUAUAGAAUGAAACUAUCCACUUAAAUCAGAGGAAAACCCAGAUACUUGAUAGUAUGGAGCCACAUCAUGGAUUGACACCAGUGUAAUUCCAGCUCUGCUCCACCACAGUGUAACCUGUACCUUGUGUGUGUGUUUGUGUGUGCUAUAUCAUACACUGAAGGUGUCUGGCCACUUUCUAACAGUAUUUUAUCAAUGUCGAUGCUUGUGAAGGUUGACAGGACAAAACAGCGAGGGCUAACCAAGCUCGGACUCCCUACAACUACAAGAAAUUCACCCAGCGUGAUAAUCUUCAAAGGUAUAGAGCCAGAACUCUGUUAUUAGAAGUGAAGGCAGCCUCUACAGAAAAGCCACAGACUGUGGAAUAAUGCAAGUGCUACUGACUUUAGUUAAAGCAUGGAGAAAUAUCUAGUUUCUGUCAAGUGAUUGGUCAGAAUGUUACAUUUGAGUAUUAGUGUUCUACAGCUGUAUCUCUUAUAUUUACUUUCAUUUUAAUUGGGGUAUGUGUGCAUAAUCUACAUGUAUUGUAUUUACUUGAUAGUUCUACUGAAUUUUAAUUAUCUAUACAAUUUGUUCAAAGUUUUGUACGAGAAGUAUUUUUUUUUUCAACAUUUACAUUUCACAUUUCAAAUUGGAACAGCACAAACAGUAAAAAUUAAAAAAGAAAAGUAGCUCAGGAAGAUCAAUGCAUUUAAUACAGAUACUUGGGACUUUAUAUUCCUGUUGGCUAGCUCAAAUGUUUCUGAUAUAUACAUUCUUACACAGUAAUUGUUUUUUGUCUUUGAUUUCUACUACUGAGGGCCUGCAAUUUUUUUUUAAGUUGCAAUGUCCACAAAAUGAAGGAGAGUUUUGAAAUUGAUAUACACCGAUACUGCAAGAAUAUUCAAGAAGUGGAUAUCAAAAGAUUGACUUGCAAAAUUAAA